AUGUCGGAUUAUUUAAGAAAUCAAAUAUGUCGUUAUUUUAAUACUAAACGAGGUUGUUGGUAUGGUGAUAAUUGUAGAUUUCUACAUAUUCCAAAUAAAAAACCACCAUGUAAAUUUUAUGAUUUAACAACUGGAUGUUGCUAUGGUGAGAAUUGUCAUUUUUCACAUGAUAGAACAUCAUUCAAAUCAGUUGACAACUAUCAUAUUAAUAAUCAUAAUAAUAAUCAUUCACAUUCUAUGGAGUUAAUAAAACGGCUUCUAAAGGCAAAUAUGACAUUAAGUGAAUUCAUUGGGACAAAUAAUAACAAUGUUAUACAAUCAUCAAUUUUAAAUAAUAAACAAGAGAAAACAAUAGAAAAUUCAUUAGAUUUCAAUCAAGAUAAAAAGAAUACAACUUUAAUAAGUAACCAUGAUCAAUCAUCUAAUCAAAAUGUUUCAAUCCAUUUACAUGAAGAUCAUAAUAUACAAGUUGAAAGUUCCAAUUCAUCGUACACAAAGAAUUUGAUCACUACUACAAAUAAAACAAAUUAUUCUGAAUCAUCAUUACCAUGUUCUGCAUGUCCAGAUGAUGAUGGUGAAGGUGAUGGUGAUUAUUCAAUAAAAGCUAAUAGUACACCAAAUUACUUAUACACAAAUAAACAUUUAAUUAAUCAAACUGUAAAAGGAAAUUCUCAAAGUGGUGUCACAUCUACAGAUGUUUGUGAACACUUAAAUGAUUUAUCCAACGUGAAGAAUCAGUUGCUAUGUGGUUCUUGUAGUCAAGUGGUUAUAAAGCAUCAAAAUGAAAGUGAUUGCACACUAUUAAAAAAUCAUUAUUUAGAAUGUUUUUUGGAUAAAGAAGGAGAUCAUGUUAAAUAUGUGAAAAUAAGAGCUGAAUUAGAAUAUGGACAAAUAUAUUGGUGUAAAUCAUGUAUAUUAAUAUUUGAAAAACCUUGGUCAUUAUUUCAGCAUAUGGCUGAUAAAGUUAAACGAAGUAAAAUUCAACAAUUAGAAAGAAAACAAUCACAUUUUGAUUGGUUAGAUACUGUAGCUGGUUUAAUGGCAGGUUAUGAUCUUGGUUUAUUCAAUGCAACAAAACUGAAAGUCGAUUUACGCAACUUACUAACCGAUCAACAUACUAUUGAUGAAGAACUAGAGACAGUAGCUGCAACAGCAACAGUAGCAAUGAUGCAAUGGCUCAACCCAUUUAUCAACCCAUGGCGUUUACAACAACGAGAAGUGAUGCGAAAAAUCGAACAACUUAAUAGGCAGAUGCUUCGUAGAGUUAAUCUGAGUUUAAAAACUGGAUAUAGCGGCUACAGUAAGAGAGCUGCACUACCAACUGCUCGUAUAUCUUUAUCAACUAGAUCAUGUCAGACAAGCGAUACGUAUUGUGACACUGUUGAUUCAUUAUCAUCUACUCCUACAUCAACAGUAACUGUGAACGAUUUCAAUUUGUGCUUGAAGAACAGUUUGCCACCAGAAACUUGCAAUGAUGGCUGCCCUUCGGAAUCUACCUGUUCGGGGUCUGUUGAGCUUGAUACUUGCGUUGUGUUGAGCGAAGAAAAUAUCAACGCAGAAUCAGACGAGUGGAAUAAAUCAAGUGAGGACCAGCUUUGUUUUAUCAAAGACAAAGAACAUCCACUUUGCAAACCACUUGUGAAUCAGAUUGAAGCAGAAAUGUCAACUGCGGGAGCUUUUGGAGAAGUAUCACCAACAACACCUGAUAUAAAGCCAAAGAUCACACAAAAUAGUAAAAACGAACUGGACAGAAUCGUUGAAAUCAUAAAUUCAAAUAACACAAAUAGUGCUUAUCCAAUGUCACUUUUAAAUGAUAUUAAUACUAGUGAGUCAAAAUGUGUACCCAUUUGUAGAGGUAAAACGUCUAAUAUCUGUACCACUAUGAAUCCAAAGCAUUUGAGAGAACCAUUCAGAUGUCAUCAUUUUGGCCGAAACUUUUGGGCAUUUACUUUCGAUCAUAAUGCUUUUUAUAGAUCUUAUCACCAUAAUAUUCGACGUAAUCUGAAUCGUAUAUACCAUACAAUCAAUGGAACACCAAACUAUGAUAUAAAUAACGUCGAUCCUCUCAGUUUUUUUGCUAGUCUAGAGUUCAAUUUCAAUUUCACCGAUGAAGAAAUAGAAGAAUUACUUUCACAAUGGACAAAACACUGGUAUAAUCAAGCGUCUGAUGCACUUGGUAUUCUAAAAAGAGAUGUAGAUCAUCUGUUAGAUCGAUGAAAUGUUUAAUCAUCAAAUUUGUAAUUGUCUAUUUGUAUAGUGUAUUGUGCAGUUUGUGGAUAUGAAUUGUUUUGUUUUCUUUUUCGUUUCAUAGUUCAUUUACUAUAACCAACCAGCUUAUUCAAAUUGGCGAUUUGUUAUCGCUGUUGUGAAUAAAAU